ACAGAUAGGGACAUUGCAUGAUGGAGCCCGGGAGCAGUGAUAGCAAUCAGCCAGUAUGGCCACCACAUGCUCACAUAGUAGAUGCUUCAUCGUUACAGUCUAACAUGGAACCGGUAUCAAGUUCUGAAGCCACCAGUUCAAAUCUUCAGGCAUCCGGAUAUCAUGGUGGUAUUGUUCAGGACAAUGGUGGACCUGAGCCAAGUGGACAGGCAUUUGAUCAUUCUGAGGCCAUAGUGAGUAACAUACAUCACCAGCAUCAUCACCAUGUGCAUAUGGAUGAAGUACCAUCCGGUAGUGGGUUACCGGAAUCUACAGUUACUGAAUAUGAUACAGCUAUGUCUGGUGAAGCAGAGGGUGUUCAUAUCAUGCAUACAGCUAAUGUGCAUAAUGAAGCCACAGGACAGGAGCCAGUGAGCGCUAGCAGUAUCACCAACACAAUAAUAGCAGUAGUGCCUGACGAUAAUGGUGAUGUGGGCCCUUCCACUACCACAACUACCGCGGAUGAGAUCAUCGCGUAUCAAAGAAAUGAGUCCAAUAUGCCUUCAGAUGACAAUCUUCCAGUACAAGGGGCUGGUGCUCAAGAUGAACCGCUGGACAUGGAGGAUGAUGAGGAUGAUGAUGAUUUAGAAGAGGAUGAUCUGAUGGAAACAAGUGAGGAGGAUGAUGAAGAUGAAGAUGGUGUUGCUCCCAGUAAGAUGAAUGUAUCAGGAAUGAAAGUGUCAUUUGAUACAAGGGAAUUAUUUGGAGACGAUGGCGCUCUUCAAACCAUAUGUGAUAAGCCUGUGUUAACAAGAGCUAGAGCAAGUCUCCCUAACUUACUGCAGAUAUUCAAAGUGGAUGAUGACAAAGUUGGUGUGUUUGCAAAGAGAGCUAUACCUAAGAAAACACAGUUUGGUCCAAUAGAAGGUAAAUUAGUGUCUGAAAUGCCAGCAGAAGGAAUGGUUUGGAAGUUGCAACAAGAGGAUGGUAGUAUUGCAUACUUUGAUCUGAUGGAUGAGAAUGAAUGCAAUUGGAUGAUGUUUGUACGUCCUGCGUCAUGUCACAGUGAACAGAACCUUAUAGCCUAUCAGAAUGGUGGAAAUCUCUUCUUUGCCACCAUUCGUACAGUGGAUCCCAAACAAGAGCUGAGAAUAUGGUACGCCGCAUCAUAUGCCGAGUUUGUCGGAGCCGAUGUGUUUGAAAUUACAGCCGAAGAAUUACAGGAAAUGCAAGAUAAAGAAAAUACCUGGCCUUGUUUUGAAUGCCCGAAAAAAUUCAGAUCAUCCGAGUUACUCCAGAAGCAUCUGGCUACCCAUGAUGCUUUGCACACAAGACCCAAGACGAGGGGGAAACGAGGCAAAAGAAAGCGUUUUGGUAAUUUUUCACAGAAGAAACUUGCUUUGGCAAAAGUUCACAGGGCAAGGUCUAGAAAGAAGGAGACGUUUUCAUGUAACAUCUGCGCUAAGAUGUUUCCACGGGCAUAUAGCUUGCAGAGGCAUUUAGUAAUGCACUCUGGGGAGAAAAACUACACUUGUCCAAUCUGUGAGAAAAAAUUCUCACAUGUUUAUAACCGCACUCGUCAUGUACGCAGACAUGAGGAACGUGGUGAGUCGGUUGAUGACUCUGGUAAUCUAGUGGUCAGGCGAAAAACUGGAGACGUUUCAAGCGACGAAGCCAAUGAUGCUGACUGGGCCUGCUCACAGUGUGACCUAGAAUUUGAGAAUGCUAGUCUGUUGAAUCUGCAUAUGCUGACGCAUGCUGCAGAAGACGUUAGUAAUCAGGAUGUCUUAACCAGUCAGCAAGCUGCUGCUGUAACUGCUGCUUAUGGUGAAAGUAUCACUGUUAACGCUGUGGUUAUGUCAGGGGAUAGAGUAAUGUUGCAGACAGUUGAUGGGACGGUUGCUGAUGCUGAGGCUAUUGCUGGUGCAUCGGCUCUCAUGGCUGGUACGCAAGCUGUAGAACAAGGCACUGUUACAAUCCCUGAAGGUAGCGUUGUUCCGUUAGCAAUGGCAAGCAGUGGAAUUGGAGCACCAAUGAAUGAAGAAGAGCUAAAAUGUCCAGAUUGCGAUGAUAUUUUUGAUGACAAGAAAGAUCUUGCAAUUCAUGCAACUGCUCAUGGCAGACCAAAAGUAGUUAAAACACGCUUCCUGCGACGAACUUUCGCUAGAUAUGCAUACCACUGCAACAUGUGCAACAAGCCGUUUCGCGAGCGGGUCAAGUACGAACGUCAUAUGGAGUUGCAUGCAAAGGAAAGUGAAAAACCUAUCCAGUGUGAAAUCUGUAACAAGAGAUUCUUGAAUAACUCUGCCAUAGCCUGCCAUAUGAAGACCCACAGUGGCCAGAAGUUUUACCGAUGUCCAUUCUGUGAUGAAGGCUUUGACCGUACAGAUUCCCUGAAAGAGCAUGUAAUUGUUCAUACAGUUGAUGGCAUCUUCCAUUGCCCCCAUUGUAGUAAGACGUUCACAGAAUACCCACAAGUGCGGAAACAUAUUCGCGGUUUUCAUUCCAGUAAGGAGUACCCCUGCCCUGAAUGCGAGAAGGUAUUCCCACGACCAGACAAGUUAAAGUUGCAUAUGCUACGUCAUUCCGACCGCAAAGACUUCUUGUGCGCCAACUGUGGAAAACAGUUCAAGCGCAAAGACAAACUAAAAGAACACAUGCUCAGAAUGCACAACCCAGAACGAGAAGCCAAGCAAGCUAUAAAAGCAAGCAGACCUAAGAAAGCACCAUUCAAACCAAAGGUUCCGCCAACUGAUCUUGAUCAAUUCACGUUUAAGUGUCGCAUUUGUCUGAUCGGUUUCCGUCGUCGUGGAAUGCUAGUAAAUCACCUUGCAAAGCGCCAUCCUGAAAUCAGACCUGAAGCUGUUCCAGAACUAAGCUUACCAAUCGUUAAACCAAACCGAAAUUAUUUCUGUAAUUACUGUGAGAAAGUAUACAAGAGCAGUAGUAAGCGUAAAAUACAUAUCCUUAAGAAUCACCCAGGUGCUGAUUUACCACCUAGUAUUCGCAAAAGUAAAAACGCUGGCGAUGAUGGAUAUAUGGAUACACACACUGCACCAGCUGGCACCACAACAACUCACUACUUCGCAUGUGCUCAUUGUCCUCGACAGUACAGCUCUAAAGCUAAGAUGAUGGACCAUGUUAGAAAGAAGCAUAUGGAGCCAAUGCAGCAAGCUGCAGCCGCACAACAGGCUCAGGCACAAGCUCAGGCUCAAGCACAAGCACAAGCCCAGGCACAGGCACAGGCAGCUGCAGUAGUGGCAGCCCAGGUAGCAGGACAUGUUGGAGCACAGACACCAACCAUGGUCGCAGUUGUUGCUCAGCCAACACCAAUACAUGUGACAAGUCUGGGUCUGAGUCACCAAUCUAUUGCACAACCAAUCACAGUGCAAGCACAAAUGCCGGCUCAGAUUGCAGUAUCCGCUCCUGCUGCUGCUGUUGCUGCAUCAGCUGCAGUAUUACAACCACAUCUGCAACCGCAACUGCAUCAACAGCCCCAAGUAUCUGGUACUCUCCAGCCUGUACCUGACCCCACUGUGACCUCAGAUCACAAUGCUCGAGUUAUUCAGACUAUACGAUCUCAGAUAACACCAGCCACUGCACGAUACAUUGAACAAGCUGUUGUGACAUCGCAGCAAGAAACUGUCCAAGCUGCUGAUCUCCUAACACAAGCCAUGAGUGAAUUGUCACAAACUUUGAGCGAGUACAGACCUCAGCAGGCCGACUAUCAACACAUUGCACAACGAAUCAUACCACAGACACAGCUGGUCACGCAGCAAGCAAUACCAGUAUCUAUACACUCCACUGUAGAUGUCAGUCAUCUCCGACAGUCACCAACACACUUCCAACAACCACAACUUACACACUUACAGAAUGCUCCCCAACCCAUGAGUCCACAGCAGCAAGCACAAACACAACAACAACAACAACAGCAGCAGCAGCAGCAGCAGCAACAACAACAACAACAACAACAACAACAGCAGCAGCAGCAACAACAACAACAAACACAACAACAGGCUUCCGUGGUGACUCAUCAAGUGCAAGUUCCAGUCACUGUUCAAGGUCAACAAGUGUUUGUGUCAGGUGCUUGGCAUAACUACCAGAAUUACAGAUAAGUGUCAGGUGCUUGGCAUAACUACCAGAAUUACAGAUAAGUGUCAGGGGCUUGGCAAAAUUACUGAUAAGUCACUGAUAAGAUACUGCAUGUAUACAACUGUAAAUAAAGACUUUUCACUCCCUUUUUCUCACAAAUGUUCAGUAUAUGCAUGUUUAUCACAUCAGUCUUUGACUUUCAUUAUUGUUGAUGGAAAGUUGUUUUCUUCAUGUCUUUUGGAUUGGAGCUAGGGAGCUUUGGUCUGUUUUGGAGAAAGUAAGUUUGGGUCAU